AUGAAAGCCGUCAUAAUCGAACAAACCGGCGGCCCCGAAGUCCUCCAAUUCAAAACAGACCACCCAGUCCCCACCCCGAAGGAAGGCCAACUCCUCGUCCACAACAACAUCUCCGGCGUCAACUACAUCGACACCUACUUCCGCACGGGACUCUACGCCGCCCCCAAGCCUGAGAUUCUCGGCCGCGAGGGCGCCGGUAUCGUCGCAGCCGUGGGACCCAACACCACCGGCUUCCAAGUCGGGGAUCGCGUCGCCUGGCUCGCUACGGGCGGGUAUGCAGAGUACACUGCCGUGCCGGCUGACAAGACCGUCAAGAUCCCCGAUGGAGUCAGUGACGAGGACGUGAUGGCGUCGUUCUUGAGUGGUAUGACCGUUCUGUCGUUUGCCAAGGAGACGUAUUCCGUGCAGAAGGGGGAUUGGGUACUUUUGCAUGCGGCGGCUGGUGGGGCGGGCUUCUUGAUGACGCAGAUUCUCAAGUCGAUUGGGGCCAAGGUUAUUGGUACCGCCGGUGGUGCGGAGAAGUGUGCGCUCGUGAAGAGUUUGGGCGCGGAUGUGGUUAUUGAUUAUCGGAGUGAGGAGGGUAAGGAUUGGGUCAAGUUGGUCAAGGAGGCUACCGGUGGCAAGGGCGUUGAUGUCGUUUAUGACUCUGUUGGCAAGGAUACCUGGGAGGGGAGCUUGGAGGCAGUCAAGCGCAAGGGUACUAUUGUCUGGUUUGGUAAUGCCAGUGGCCCCGUACCUCCUAUUCCUCUGCCCAAACUCUCCCCCAAGUGUGUCAAGAUUGCUCGCCCGACUCUCUUUGGAUACAUUGAGACCCGCGAGGAGUUUGAAUACUACACCAACGAGCUGUUCAGUCUGCUCAAGUCUGGCCAGUUGAAGACUAAGAUUCACAAGAUCUAUCCUCUGGAGGACAUCGCUCAGGUCCACAAGGACUUGGAAGGUCGCAAGACCAUGGGUAAGCCUCUUCUGAAGCCUUAG